GACGUAGGGGCGGGCGCAAGUUCGGUGCGCAUGCGCGCUGCCUACUCGUCCAGCCAAGAUGGCGCCCGUGGAGCACAUUGUGGCGGACGCUGGGGCUUUCUUGCGGGACGCGGCUUUACAGGACAUUGGGAAGAACAUCUACACCAUCCGGGAGGUGGUCAGCGAGAUUCGGGAUAAAGCCACGCGCAGGCGACUCGCGGUCCUGCCCUACGAGCUGAGGUUCAAGGAGCCCUCCCCAGAAUACGUGCGGCUGGUGACUGAAUUUUCAAAGAAAACUGGAGACUAUCCCAGUCUCUCUGCCACAGAUAUCCAAGUGUUGGCACUCACCUACCAGUUGGAAGCAGAGUUUGUUGGGGUGUCUCACCUAAAACAAGAACCAGAAAAGGUUAAAGUGACCUCAUCGAUUCAGCACCCAGAAACUCCUCUGCACAUUUCUGGUUUCCAUCUGCCCUCCAAGCCUAAACCCCCAAAAGACACGGUAGAAAAAGGACACCCAGCCAGUGAGCCUGAGGACCUAGAAUUCAGUUCCUUCAUGUUCUGGAGAAACCCGCUGCCUAGUAUCGAUCGUGAACUACAGGAGCUGCUGAUUGACAGAGGUGAGGAGGAGGAAGAGGAAGAAAAUGGGCUGGAAGAGAGAAAAGGCGAAGAUAGUGAUGACGAUGGGGGUGGGUGGAUAACCCCCAGCAACAUCAAGCAGAUCCAGCAGGAGCUGGAGCAGUGCGACGUCCCGAAGGACGUGCGGGUCGGCUGUGUGACUACAGACUUUGCCAUGCAGAAUGUUCUGCUGCAGAUAGGGCUGCAUGUGCUGGCGGUGAAUGGCAUGCUGAUCCGCGAGGCCCGGAGCUACAUCUUGCGCUGCCACGGCUGUUUCAGGACAACAUCCGACAUGGGCCGAGUGUUCUGUUCACAUUGUGGGAACAAGACUCUGAAGAAAGUGUCCGUGACUGUCAGUGACGAUGGCACCCUGCAUAUGCACUUUUCCCGCAACCCCAAGGUGCUGAAUCCUCGAGGCCUCCGGUACUCACUUCCUGCUCCCAAAGGCGGCAAAUACGCCAUCAACCCCCAUCUCACUGAGGAUCAGCGCUUCCCUCAGCUGCGACUCUCCCGAAAGGCCAGGCAGAAAACCAACGUGUUCGCCCCUGACUACAUAGCGGGGGUCUCUCCCUUCGCAGAGAAUGAUAUCUCCAGCCGGUCGGCUACCCUGCAGAUCCGGGACAGCACCCUGGGAGCUGGGAGGAGACGCUUAAAUCCCAAUGCUUCCAGAAAGAAGUUUGUGAAGAAAAGGUGAGGUGCGGCAGGCAAACCAGAUCGCUGUUGUGGCUGCUGAGCAGCUCUGGUGUCUCGUUCCCGGCUGUGUUGUCUCCAGAACCUUCUGGAUGGAAACAAUAGGCCGGCUUCAUCAUGCUGCCUCGUGACUUGCCGUGUGUUUGGUUGGAUUUGUGGUGACAAUGGACCAUCCUUUGGCCUGUGAGCAUCCAGAGAGCUGGGACUCCUGCCAUGUUAAGAGGAAUUUGAUGAAAACAGAAAGAACGAUGCCCUGGAGCAAGUCUUCAACCUUUAAAGAAAGGAAUUUCCAGUGUAUAAUAUUUUUCUAAUAAAUGUGGU